CCAGGACCUGUUCACACUGAGAGUUUUAGUCGCUAAGAAUAAAUUUCGCAAGCUUAAAAAUUUGCAAAAAAAAUUGAAAUAGGCGCUCAAAGACAUUAUCAAGUGCAAAAGAGACCUAUAAUUGUAUUAUCAACAUGGCAGAAGCUGUAAAAAAAGAAAGUGGUACCCAGCAGCGACCAUUGGAUGGUGGUGGAGGAGGGGGUGGCAGUGGGGGUGGAGGCGGAGCGGGAAUGCCGAAAAGGAAGCAUCGGCGGGGCAAAAAGUCGAAGAUGCUGCCCAAGAAAACCAAGAAUCAUUACCCACAGUGGAAACUAGAUAUGCCAACAGGUGCAGGAGCUACACUCGAGGGAAAUAUCCGACAUACUAGCCGCACAAAGUUAGUAAGGUCGCGAUCCCUCCUCGUCCCUUACAACACAAACCGCUUCCUAAUGGAAGAGCACAUGUCCGAGCUUCACAAAGACGACUCCGAUGACAAUUGCUUUGGCUCGCAGACCGAGGAUCAGGUGCUUUUCCUCUCCAAGGAAUUUUCUAAUGUCUACGAAAGGGCACGACUUGAACGUCUGGAGACAAUGAGCAAGCAAGAUCUCAUCCAGGAGUGUAUGCAGAUAGAGGAUCGUUAUUCCAAGGCCCAGAACAUAUCUAAAGAGUUUGGCGCCAAGAUUCGCGCGCAGGAUGAAAAGUUGCGACAGUUGACAAGGGAGAAUCAAUUUUUGCGCUCCCACUUUCUGCGCUCGUGCUCCACGGCAGCUGGACCAGCGGCAGCUGCUGCGGCCGCUGCCUCCCCGCCAUCGGCAGUUGCUCCCACUCCCAGUUCCGCCUGCGAUCUGCAAGCCAGACAACAGCCGCCACAGCAGCCACAACCCACACCCAUGGACUCUUCUAGCGAGGACAGCGAGAGCGACAGCAGCAGCACCACCUCGAGCACCACUUCCAGUACUUCAUCGAGCAGCAGCGAUGGAAAUGAGAUGGGCGUGGCUGGACUGAACAUUGCCAAUGGUCAUGCCGAACGGCAUGCACGGAGCCGUACCCGCUCUAGGUCCAGAUCGCCAAUCCACCUAAAUGGCCAUGCAAAUGAGGAGGAGCGCCAGCGCUUGCUGGAUGGCAAUCAAAUGGAUGAAGAUGACAACUCCAGUGAUGUCCCAAAGCCAGGCGAUGCUGUAGUUAAAUAGGAUGGAGUAGGCAUUUCCGCCUUGUGUAAAUAGAAGACUCAAUUAUGGUAGAAUUUGGCGACAUAUAAAAAGAAACCUUGUUUAGUUUUUAAUUCAUAUGUGGGCUCCUCAAGCGUGGGGUUUACAUUUCAAUCAUCAGUUCAUCAUCCAUUGAAAGCAUUAGCAUUAUUUUAUUAUCUGCGGAAGAUGCCUCCCAAAUGUAUUUUCGUUGGUAUGUCUGGUGUAAAAUACUUUAAGAUGUUGCCUCGACACGUUGAUUUUAAUGGAAUUUUGUAUAAUGAAAACUCGAUUUGUAGAUAAAUAAAAAGUUAAAUCGUGAAUAAA